AUGCUUCUUCCGGCCCUCAAGUCUCUUCGAGACUGCAGCGAUUACGCAUUGACAGUCGAGCCCUUCCUACCCCAGCUCUAUGCGUUGCCGGCGCGCUUGGCCGCCGUCCGGAGCCUCGAUGGCUUGAUGCAGCUCUACGUCGACACCAACCCGCUCAUGUCUGCCAUUGCAGCGUCCAUCUUCCUCGGCGGCGUUUUUCUCGUCGUCUCCGAAGCGAACCGCAACUAUUCCCAGGUCGACCGCAUGUGGAGCUUUCUGCCCAACCUUUACAUUGCCCAUCUAGCGGUCUGGGCGCGUCUCGCCGGACUGCCUCAUAGUCGCAUCGACCUUGUUGCCGCUUGCACCACCCUCUGGAGUUGUCGCUUGACCUUCAACUACUGGCGCAAGGGUGGCUACCAGAAAGGCUCCGAGGACUACAGAUGGGAAAUCGUCAAGAGCAAAGUCCCGGGAUUCAUCUUCUUCCUCCUCAACGUGACAUUCAUCUCAUUCAUCCAAAGCGUGCUGCUCUUUGGCAUCUCUUGCCUCCCCGCUUACGUCAUCCUGCUCUCGACGCGGUUUGAGCCCAAUAUCACGGCGGCCGACGUUGCGUACGGCUCCAUCGAGCUGUUGCUUGUCUUGAGCGAGUGGUUCAGCGACGGACAGCAGUGGACAUAUCAGACCGCAAAGCACCAGUACCAAAAGGACGCAAAGCUGCCCAGGGGCUGGAACCAGGCAGACCUCGAUCGGGGUUUCGUCACCUCGGGCCUGUGGGCCUACAGCAGGCACCCCAACUUUUUCGCAGAACAGGCCAUUUGGUUUGUCUUGUAUCAUUGGAGCUGCUAUGCCAGUAAUUCUCUUUACAACUGGACCUUUAUCGGCUCCGGUAGCUUGAUCCUUCUCUUCCAGGGCUCUACGUGCCUGACGGAACUGAUUACGGCCGGCAAGUAUCCCGAGUACAAAGAUUAUCAGAAGCAGGUUGGCAUGUUCAUGCCAACGUCCUUUGGGGGCUACAAGACAACACCACGCAAGCAAAAGGUCAUCAAAGCGAGCGACCUGGCCAAGCAGAAGCAAAAGUAG